GGUCUCACGGAUUUUCCGAUGGAAGUCAGAGCGCCAGAACGCGCAGCGAAUCGCAGAGCGAGAGCGACGACAAUGACAUGAUCGGACCAGCCCCUUUAUCUGCAAAGGUAAAUAAGGGAGACCAUACGGAAGCGAUCAGAUCUUUCCGCGAGCGAGAGGAGAGAAUGCGGCAAGCGCGAGAGCAGAAGAAGCAAGAGCACGAGAGCAGACCAGCCGUCCAGAAUGGAUGCUACAGCUACCAAAGCGCACCAGCGUUCAAGACCUGGUAGGCGACCCACUAAAACUCAAGUCACGGGGUUUCUCUCAGAACAAUCGGGUGCAAGCGCGGUCGGGCAUCAGCAGUGCUACAGGACCAGCCCAGGACUCGAAUCUCUGGACGGAGACUCCGCAGCAGCGGACAGAGAGGCUCCAUCGAGAGGCUCAGGGCAGCGUUCAGGGGGCUCAGCCCACUCUCGGCGUCGAGGCUUCGUGGGAAGUGAAGCUGCGCAAUUCCAGGGAGCAUCAGAGGGCAGAAGCGAUCGAGCGAGAUCCAUCACGUUCCCAAACGCUCCUCGAGAUUCACCGGCAAAAACGAAGAGACGAAUAUUCCUCCCAGAACAGAGAGCGUCAGCGUGAUCGCUCUCAUCGUCACUCUUCAUCCUCCUCCCGCGAUCGCGACAAGCGACGUGUGCACGACAGCAAUAAAGAUGAGCAGCCUGACCGAGAAAAAAGGCUCACGAAAGACUCUUCGCACAGAGAGAAGCGCGGGCGGGAGGAUGAAUCUGACGUCUCGGGUAAACUCGGACAUGAAGCCGGGGAUGAGGCGCGGAGACACAAACGCAAGCACCGCUCACGUAAGGAUCCAAUUGGGGACGACGAUGGGGAGGAAAGAUCCCGCAAGAGGUCUUCAAGGAGGUGUUCCAAGGCGAUCGACUAUUCUUCCCGCAAAGACGAAACGGUGUCUUCUCAUGAUCGACCUGGCUCGAGCAGUGCGACCACCGUCGGCUCUUGGGAUUGGGAGAAAGCAAUGAGUAUCGGGGGAAGGCUCGUGGAUGAGAGGGCCAGGAAGAAGACUAUUCAACAGGCUGCAGGGUUAUCAGAUCGAUUUGGUCGAGGCUCAUCAUCAUUCUUGUAACAUACAUCAUCUGCUUCUCCCGGUCUCUGCGGAUGACGACAGGAAGGCUAGUCCUUUGCGAGCAGGGUGGUGUGCCAUUGGCAAUCUAUGCAACCGUGGCUGGUGUCUUCGCGCUCCAUGCGCCCUGAGGUCUGAACUCUUGGCGCGGAGCUCGUCCGGGCGGUCCAGGACGAGUAGCGCUCGGUUGUAAGCCUUGAGUGCCGGCCGGGAGCGGCUUCGCCUUGAUAUUCAAUAGAGCCUCGUGCAUACGAGUACCGUUCCGCAGGAACCAAUCACCAUACCUGCGUCCAACUUUGACCUCAGCCACGUUAAUCAUGUUCUGGUGC